ACCUCAAAGACAUCAAUAGGUCGCGCGCACAAAAAGUGAACAAGAAUGGCAGGACGUAUCCUCCCUAUCGCAUUGGCAGCGAUUAUGGGUGUAUCAAUUGGAGUAGCGACUUUUGAUGGCGAGUUCAAGAAACAACGACUCGCACGGAUGAAUGAAGAGUACCAACGAGAGCUGGCUGCUGCCGCUGCUUCGGGCGGAGUCAAUCCUAGUCCUGCACAACCUCAACCCCAGGCUGAAGAAAAAACUAUCGUCUCUCAACCGCCCGACAAGUCCUGGUCGAACAUGCUAGGUUUGUGGGCUUGGAAAAAAGAAGCGAAUAAAGAAGUAGUACCUACGAAGGAAAAAAUUGAAGAAGCAAAGGGGAAGCCUUGA